AAUUAAUUUGAUUUUUUUUUUUCUCUAUGUAGGCAGAUGUAUGUGUGGUAUAAAACGCGUUUCUUUUGAGUAAUGGAAAAAAAAAAAAAAAAAAAAAAAUUAAACGUCAGUGUCAAGCGCCGGCACCCGGCAGACAGGGCAGUCGGGCGGCGGGAUUCUGGUGAUUAUUAUAAAAAGUUGUGAAAGUUGAAUGAUAAUACAUAUAUUGUGUUAUCAUUUUGCCGCUGAAAUGGCGAAAAGUGAACGACGACGCGCAUCAAAUGCAAGACAUGUUAUAAGUUAACUCAGUUGGUGGUGCGUGAAUGAACAAUGUGUGCUGCUGGUGCUGGUGCUGGUGGUGUGGCGGGCGUGCGGGGCGGGCGGGCGGUCGCUGUCUGCGGCGGCGGCGGCGGCGGCGGCGGCGGCUGGAGGCCUCCGCCGCCCUCUCGCCGUCGUCGGCCGAAUAUUAUCAUGAACCGAACGGAACGAUGCGAUGGGGACAGCAAGCAGCGGAGAGCAGGACUCGGCCUGCCUGCCUCUGUAUUUAAAAUGUGACUCGUCUAUCGCAAGAAACACAUGGACGGAGGAGUGUGGUACCUACGCGGUGCCGCGCUGCCGCCGCAGAUUGAUGGCGAACGAAUCGAAUCCACCAACGACGAGGCUGGUCACAGGUAAUGAUCCGGGGGCCAGUUCAUGCAGGCAAAUUUGGUGGUGCGUGAAUGAACAAUGUGUGCUGCUGGUGCUGGUGCUGGUGGUGUGGCGGGCGUGCGGGGCGGGCGGGCGGUCGCUGUCUGCGGCGGCGGCGGCGGCGGCGGCGGCGGCUGGAGGCCUCCGCCGCCCUCUCGCCGUCGUCGGCCGAAUAUUAUCAUGAACCGAACGGAACGAUGCGAUGGGGACAGCAAGCAGCGGAGAGCAGGACUCGGCCUGCCUGCCUCUGUAUUUAAAAUGUGACUCGUCUAUCGCAAGAAACACAUGGACGGAGGAGUGUGGUACCUACGCGGUGCCGCGCUGCCGCCGCAGAUUGAUGGCGAACGAAUCGAAUCCACCAACGACGAGGCUGGUCACAGGUAAUGAUCCGGGGGCCAGUUCAUGCAGGCAAAUUUGGUGGUGCGUGAAUGAACAAUGUGUGCUGCUGGUGCUGGUGCUGGUGGUGUGGCGGGCGUGCGGGGCGGGCGGGCGGUCGCUGUCUGCGGCGGCGGCGGCGGCGGCGGCGGCGGCUGGAGGCCUCCGCCGCCCUCUCGCCGUCGUCGGCCGAAUAUUAUCAUGAACCGAACGGAACGAUGCGAUGGGGUGAGACAGCAAGCAGCGGAGAGCAGGACUCGGCCUGCCUGCCUCUGUAUUUAAAAUGUGACUCGUCUAUCGCAAGAAACACAUGGACGGAGGAGUGUGGUACCUACGCGGUGCCGCGCUGCCGCCGCAGAUUGAUGGCGAACGAAUCGAAUCCACCAACGACGAGGCUGGUCACAGGUAAUGAUCCGGGGGCCAGUUCAUGCAGGCAAAUUUGGUGGUGCGUGAAUGAACAAUGUGUGCUGCUGGUGCUGGUGCUGGUGGUGUGGCGGGCGUGCGGGGCGGGCGGGCGGUCGCUGUCUGCGGCGGCGGCGGCGGCGGCGGCGGCGGCUGGAGGCCUCCGCCGCCCUCUCGCCGUCGUCGGCCGAAUAUUAUCAUGAACCGAACGGAACGAUGCGAUGGGGACAGCAAGCAGCGGAGAGCAGGACUCGGCCUGCCUGCCUCUGUAUUUAAAAUGUGACUCGUCUAUCGCAAGAAACACAUACGAUGCUGCUGCUGGAACGCGACGAGCGAGCGAAACAACGAACGUACGUACUGCGACUGCGCGCGCGCGGAACGAGAGAAAAGAGGAUGGAUAGAGCGGUGUGUUAGAGCGGGACAAAACUUACGGUGCGAAACGACGCGUCAUGGCAAUACCGGACGGAGGAGUGUGGUACCUACGCGGUGCCGCGCUGCCGCCGCAGAUUGAUGGCGAACGAAUCGAAUCCACCAACGACGAGGCUGGUCACAGGUGCGACAGUAAUAUUUUAUUAUAAUAUCAAUUUAUUAUUUUCACAUAAAUUUUGCUGUUGUAUUAUUUAAUCUAUAUGAGUGAUAAUAUGAAAUGAAACAUUGGUAUAAUGUAUAAUUAUGUACCUACUCUAAAGACGUUUUAUGACAUUGACGCACUUAUUUAUAGUAAUUGUUAUUACAAAUAAAAUUUGUUUGACUUA